AUGCGAUGCGCGAGCAAGGCCGCCGAGAGCGCGUCUGCACGUCUCUGCGCUGGUCAUGAAGACACGCAUGUCUAUACAGAUUACGAGCUCGGUGUCUCGUACUCUCCUGAUACGGAUGACGGAUCCGUAUCGACGGCGAUUGAAUCUAAGCCGCCUGCCAAGCGUGGCAUGGACGAUGCUUUGCGUCGCAGCAUCUUUGGUUCAUCUGAUGAAUCAGAUGAACCAUCGCCAAAGCGAAGGCGCUCGAGGUCGCGAGACUCGGGCGCUAAUAGUGGUGUCGGUUCUCCUAUGGACACCACUUCACAGCGAGGUGCCAGUACUUCUGUCGGCACGUCGCAGGAAGAGCGGGACCGCAGUGUGUUGCGUCUCGCUACUGAGAAGAAGGCAUGGAUGUUUCCUAAAUCUGUCAUGGAUCACUUGUCGGCGACGACGAGUGAUCGUUAUCGAACACGAUUGUUCGAUUCGUCAAGGAUCCAUCACCUUGACCCCAGCGCGAAAAACCUAUCGCGCUGA